AGGCGCCCCGCCGAUGCUCUCGCCGCUGCCGCCGAUGGGCACGGGCCCGCUGCCGAUGACGGGCCCGGGCCCGCUGCCGAUGGCGAUGACGGGCCCAGGCCCGCUGCCGCUGGCGAUGACGGGCCCGGGCGGGCUGCCCGGGCUGGCCGGCGGGCUGCCUGGCAUGACCGGUCCCGGCGGGCUGCCCGGGAUGACCUGCCCUGGCGGCGCGCUGCCGGUGUUGCAGCCAAUGACGGGCCCGGGCCCGCCGGGCAUGGACUUCCCGGCGCCGCCCCCCGGCGUCGUGUUGGGGCCGCCGCCGAUGCAGGGGCAGCCUCCCGGGCCCCCGGCGCUGCCGCCCCUGCAGUUCCCGCCGCCCGGCCCCCCGGGCCCGCCCUCGGGGCCCCCGGGGCCCCCGGGCUCGCCGGGGCCCCCGGGGCCGCCGGGGCCGCCGCCUAUGCAGCCGCCGGGCGCGCUGCCCGCGGUCGCGCUGCAGCCGCUGCCGCCGCUGCCGCAGAUGCCGGCGCUGAUGCAGGCCCCGGGCCAGGCGCCGCUGCUGCAGGCCCCGGGGCAGGCGCCGAUGCAGCCCCCAGGGACGGCGCCGAUGCAGCCUCCGGGCCAGGGGGCGGCGCCGAUGCAGCCCCCGGGGCAGGGGCAGAUGCAGCCCCCAGGGCAGCCGCCAGCUGCCGCGCAGGCGCCAGCGCCCCCACCGUCGGCGCCGGAUGCCAGCAGCAGCAGGGCCGGCGACACGCGGCGAACGGGGCGCGCGGGCGGCUUCAGCGACGCGCCCCCCGCUCCGCAGCAGGCGGCGGGCGGCUUCAGCGACGCGCCGCCGCCGGCGCCGCCGCCGCAGACAGGCCCCUCCGGCGGCGAGCCCGCCCCCCGCGGCGGCUUCAGCGACGGCCCGCCCCCCGGCGGCGCUGCCGCGCCGCCCACGGGCUUCUCCGACGCCCCGCCGCCGUCCCGGGGCGGCUUCAGCGACGGCCCGCCGCCAGGGGGCGGCAUGGCCCAGAUGAUGCCAGCGCACGCCCCGGCGAUGCCCCCAGUGGUCAACCCAGGCGCCGGGACGCUGGUCGGCGAGGUGCGGUACGACUUCCCGGAGCACGCGCAGAGGGCCCUCAACGAGCUGAACGGGGGCAACCUCGCGGGCGGCAUCAUCGGCGUUCACAUGCACAAGAUGAACAACCCGCUCGGCACCAAGCUGCUCGUGACGGGCAUCCCUGCCACUUGCCACUGGUCCGUGAUGAAGAACUUCUUCGCCACCGUUGGACAAGUGGCCUUCGCCAACAUCAACGACGGAUCCAAGGCAGGCGGCGCCGACAUGAGCAUGGGCCGGAACCCGGGUCCCAGGGGCAGGCGCUGACGCUGGGCCUGCUCGUGGCCAGGCGGAGGCCCCCGCGGUGCCCGCAGCGAGGCCGCCGCGCGGCCGCCGCCUGCGCUCCGCUCCCAGAGGUUGGCUGCACAAGGCGGCCGGGCGCUUCCCGCCGGCCGGCCUCCGCGCCGCCGCCCGACGCCGCCGCGCCGCCGCGCC